AUGGGCGAGGACUUCCCCAGGGCCCCCUCUCUCCCUGGGCCAGUCCCCGGGGCCCCCUCUCUCCCUGGGCCAGUCCCCGGGGCCCCCUCUCUCCCCGGGCCAGUCCCCUGGGCCCCCUCUCUCCCCGGGCCAGUCCCCUGGGCCCCCUCUCUCCCCGGGCCAGUCCCCGGGGCCCCCUCUCUUCCCGGGCCAGUCCCCGGGGCCCCCUCUCUCCCCGGGCCAGUCCCCGGGGCCCCCUCUCUCCCCGGGCCAGUCCCCGGGGCCCCCUUCCCCUGGGCCCCCUCUCUCCCCGGGCCAGUCCCCGGGGCCCCCUCUCUUCCCGGGCCAGUCCCCGGGGCCCCCUCUCUCCCCGGGCCAGUCCCCGGGGCCCCCUCUCUCCCUGGGCCAGUCCCCGGGGCCCCCUCUCUCCCUGGGCCAGUCCCCGGGGCCCCCUCUCUCCCUGGGCCAGUCCCCGGGGCCCCCUCUCUCCCCGGGCCAGUCCCCGGGGCCCCCUGUCUCCCCGGGCCAGUCCCCGGGGCCCCCUGUCUUUCCGGGCCAGUCCCCGGGGCCCCCUGUCUCCCCGGGCCAGUCCCCGGGGCCCCCUGUCUCCCCGGGCCAGUCCCCGGGGCCCCCUCUCUCCCCGGGCCAGUCCCCGGGGUCCCCUCCCUCCCCGAGCCAGUCACCGGGGCCUGUAGUACAAACAAAUAUGAAGCUAUGGGAUGUGGGGGAGUUGGGCCAUGGAUGUCUGUGACACACUGCCCCAUGUGUCUCCUAUGUAUCUGA